CAGACUCAAAAAAAAAGAAUUCUGAAAUCACCACGUCCUCAAAGAUGUCUCUUCUCGAGCAUCUCCUCCAAACUAUCCCGGCGAGAAACUUGUCCCAUAAUCUGAUCACAACUCCAAUGAUGGUUCCGCGAUCGUCGAUAACGACAACGAUAUCAUGGCCCUGAAAACCCUUGUCGAAUUACGAAACAAAGAAACAAUUCAAGAGACAAAGUCACGGCCUUUGAUGGAAAACACGGCUACUACACAAAAUGUUGUUCGGGAGCAAGCAUAGCAGAUGACGUGUCCUGUCAAGCACCAUGUCUGGGGGUUUCAACUAUGACGAACAAGGCUUGGGCAAAACCACGGAGACUUUGCUGAUGAUAUGGUUCAACAACCGCGUCCUAGAACUCGACGCGGAGAUCGAGUCCUAUCGAAGAGCUUCCAAUAAGAAAGACGAUGCAUUCAAAGGUCUGAAACUUUGCGUUUGGCAAAAGAAACUUGCCGAGGAGAAGAUUUCCGUCAUCGAACGCUUCGAUCGGCUGUUAGAGCGCUGGCAGAGCGUCAAGACGAAGAACUCCGUGCACAACGACUUGCAAUCCUGCCACAUUAUCCACGCCUUCUCUCCAGCACCAAGCGCCGCGAUCUGGAUGCAGGCUAUGGGACGUGCCGUCUGCUUUGAGAAGCUCUUCCGCUGCCUUAUCUUCGAAUACUUCGUUGAUGGGACAUUAAAUGUGAAGCAACUGCAGCGAUCAACGGCCAACGCACUAUCAAGCAUCGCGGCAAUGAUGUCUAUGGAGGGUGUAUGA